CAAUGAUAAGAGUUUACUGUAAUGAAGAUAAGGCUCCACAUCUAUUUAAUAUAUAACAAGAAUGAAAUUUCACAUCAAUGAACUUCAAAUAAAAAAAAUAAAAAAAGUAAAGAAAAUAAAAGGACCGUAACCUAUUAAGUUCAGUACUGAUUACCGUCCUUGCAGAAAGGAGUCGUUCUUUUUGAAAAUGGGCUGGUCAAGCAGUGCCGUGUGUGUCUUUGGAAUUAUAUUUCUACAAUAUGCUGGUAUGUAAAUGCGCCAGUAAAAACAAAUACAUUUUAUUAUUUUAAAAUAAUUUACACAUUUCUUACUGUUCUAAAUUAUCUUUAUUUCUAUUACAUAAAUCUAAAUACUCAAAUAGCGUUUAUGAAAACAUUUCUGUUCUAAAGGCCUUUAUAUGCCGUAUGCAUAUAUAUAUAUAUAUAUAUAUAUAUAUAUAUAUAUAUAUAUAAAAACGUUAAGAUUUUUUAGUCUUGAAUAUUAAUCAGCGAGUUAAAUGUUUACCAAAUUAAUACGUUUAUCUUUCAAAGCCUUUAAGAGUAUAGACGCUGUGAAAUAGUGGAGUCCUAACGCGAACGUUGUGGGCUUAGCUGCAUCUCAUUAGGUUAUACAAUAUCAAAGAUUUAACGAUUACUCAAUUUCAACCAUUUCUAUGUUCCAGCUGGCAACCCACAUUUGAGCGUCCACCCCCAACCAAUCCGCGUGGGUCUGGCCAGGAACUUCACAGCUUUUUGUACUGUAUCAGAUCUAAAAGUAGCCGGGUGGUCCAGUGUUGCUUCCCUUGUCAUUAGAAGAAACAGAAACCGGGUUUCCGAGCCCAUCGCCGACGUCCACAGUUCAGCGAGCGCUGUGCUCAGACCAUCGGCCGGAGACGCCGUGGUCAGCGGCGCUCUCAGCAACGCCGAAAACUACAUCUCAGUCACCUGGAAGAAUCCCGACGGACGCCUGGAAGGAGAGUACAUUUGUGAAGGCACCGGGGUCGACAUCGCUGGAGCCCCGGCGUCAUUCUCAGACACCGUCUUGGUCGCGGUCGAAUACCCGUCAAAAGAUGAGUAUAUCACAGCCCUGUUCCAGCUGUACAACGAGCAGGACAAAAUGGCCGAGACCAUCAACGCCGCGUACGCGGUCGGAAACUCCACCGAGCAGAAGCUCCAGAACGCCCUGGCGACCGUCAGCAGACUGAGGGUCGAUGGCUGCGUAGAAGAACUUAACGGCACCGGCUGCGACGACCCCAAGCUGCCCGUCGGAUACAACGUUGUCAACAUCACCCCGAAAGACGGACUCGGUGCCAUCAGGGUGCUCUGCCAGGUCCGAGCGGUGGGCGAGGGCUGGGUCGUGUUCCAGAAGAGAUUCGACGGAUCCGUCGACUUCUACAGGGACUUCCACGACUACGAGAACGGCUUCGGAACGGUGGGCGCGAGCUCCGAGUUCUGGCUGGGCCUGAAGAACCUGAGACGUCUGCUGGUGGACAACGGCGACGCGAACCAGAUCCGCGUCGACAUGACCGAGCUCGGCACGGGCUACAACUUCACGAGAAUCUACCCGACCUUCACGAUCGGACCGGAUCCGGAGUACACGCUGAUCGCCGACGGGUACGACGACGGGGCGAGGGGCCUGUCCGAGAACGCCGGCGCGCAGUUCCAGACCUUCGACAGGGACAGCUCCGGCGGCUGCCCUUCGUCCCUGCGCCUGGCCGGCUGGUGGUUCAACCAGGGUUGCGGGUACGUCAACCUGAACGGCCUCUGGGGCCUGCCCGGGGGCGAAGCCUCCAUGUUCUGGUACGAGAUCUACAACCACCCGCUCCAUUCCAUGCAGGCGACAGAGUUGAAGUUCCGUCCUCGAACCCCAGCCGUUGUCAUCCCACCAAAGCAAUAAAAAAAAACUGUUAAAUAAAUAAAUCCAACUUUUUGCUUCAACCCACACUUACACACUGUAGCUGCUCAUUUAUAAUUUGUUUCCUUAACAUUUGAAUAAAAGUUGUUUUUUUUUGAGCCACGAUUUUAUUUUGUUGCUACUUCAAUCAUGGCCUGUGGGCGAAGGGGGAGGGGGGAUGGUUGCAACGUCCACGUUAAACAUAAUCUAGUUAUGAAGUGCAAAUGAUCUCUAAUCAAUUCGUUUAUGUUCAUGAAGGGAGUCAUUUCCUCUUGGUAUAAGAUGGCUGAUUUUUACACUAGAGAAAUACUUUAGAUCAAUUGUGUUUAAAUUAUUCUAAUAGUAAAAUGGUGUCUUGAUUAAAAUAUGUAUUUAUUUAUGUGCUCAAAUAAUUAUGUACAUAAUAAAAAAUAUUUUAAAAAUCCAUUUAUUUGGAUCAAUAA